AUGGCCGAUAAUGCAAUAGUACUCUCGGAUGACGACCCUACCUUAUCUUUCGACGAAGAUGUUCACUUCGACGUCGAAAAUGCCCGUCCCCAAAGCAGCGCUAGCGCUACAACUACCUGCUUGGGCAAACGCAAGUUGAGCGUCAGUUCCGAUUUCGAGGAAAAGGUCGAAUGGUCAGACGAUUCCGACGAUGGAGAGAAGCUCAAGGCACGGCGACUUGCGAAACGACGUGCUACUUCUGGGAGAGGUAGAGGCCGAGGAGGGAAGGGGAAGGGCUGGGGAGGACAGAAGGCUGCUGCGGCUACAGAUCGGGCGAGAGACGACGAGAUCAUCGAAUUGAACCAGCCCACCGUCAAGAAAAAGGAAGAAACCGACUACGCCGAAGCCUUCAUUCCCGAUUAUCUGUUGAAGCGCCGGAAGAAGUUCAACAAGGACAGAGAGGUGUUGCGCAAUGCCGGCUUGAAGUUACCGCCAGACUACCAAGACAUCUACUUUUCCGACGACGAGAUAGGGGCCAGGCACGAGCAACGUCCGAAGUUUGAUGAAAGCUCCGGUAUCAAGCCUUGUCAACCCUACAAUGAUGUCGAGCUGGAGUACUCUGCCGGUACCAUUCCCGCUUGUAUCGCGCAAUACCUCCGCGACUACCAAGUGGAAGGCGUCAAGUUUCUGCACCAAAAGUUUGUCUACCAGCGAGGCUGCAUUCUCGGCGAUGAUAUGGGUCUGGGAAAGACUGUGCAGGUGGCUGCUUUUCUUACGGUAGCAUUCGGCAAGACUGGAGACGAGCGUGAUGCAAAGAGGAUGAGAAAAAUGCGGCGAGCUGGCGAUCUGUGGUAUCCGCGGGUCAUUAUUGUCUGUCCCGGAUCGCUCAUCCAGAAUUGGAAGAACGAACUCAACCGAUGGGGCUGGUGGCACGUCGACAUCUAUCAUGGAUCAAACAGAGAAGAUGUACUGCAGUCAGCCAAUGCAGGACGUCUCGAGGUCAUGAUCACCACCUACGACACGUACAGGAACUGCCAUGAGGCAGUCAACACUGUCGAGUGGGAUUGUGUCGUGGCGGACGAGUGUCACGUCCUGAAGAACAAUGUGUCCGAAACCACUCGCGCAAUGGACAAGAUCAACGCCAUGUGUCGGAUUGGUUUGACCGGCACCGCAAUACAGAACAGAUACGAAGAGCUUUGGACGCUCCUGAACUGGACGAACCCGGGAUAUUUUGGGACAAGGGCCGAAUGGAACGAGUCUAUAACAAAGCCUCUGACAGCAGGCCAAUCCCACGACGCAACCCUCAAGCAGCUCAGUAUUGCCCGUACGACCGCAAAGAAGCUGGUGCAGAACCUCCUUCCAGAGUUUUUCCUCCGUCGCAUGAAGAGUCUGAUCGCCCAUCAACUGCCGAAGAAGAGCGACAAGGUGGUAUUCUGCCCCUUGACAGACGUUCAACGCAUCGCCUACGAGAAUUUCCUAGACGGAGAACAUCUCACUUACAUCCUGAAUGCUUACCAUCCUUGCAAGUGUCACUCUGGACGAGCUGCAGGGUGGUGUUGCUACAAGACCCUGAGUGAUGGUCGCUCGUGGAAAUCCUACGUUUUUCCCAGCAUCAUAACGCUCCAGAAGAUCGCGAAUCAUUUAACGUUACUUAUCCCUUCAUCUUCCGAUCCCAACGACAAGCAACGUUCGGAGCUUAACGUGCUCCAGACCUGCGCUCCGGACACGUGGAAAGAGCUUUACGAUAAGCGGGACUCCAUGCUCACCCUCGCAGACCCGGAGUUCUGCGGAAAAUGGAAGAUUCUGAGAAAGCUCCUGCGCUUCUGGCACGAAAGCGGAGACAAGGUGCUUGUUUUCUCUCACAGCGUGCGACUGCUGCGAAUCUUGCAGCAUCUCUUUCACAACACCAGCUACAAUGUCAGCUUUCUCGACGGUGCUCUCAGCUACGAAGAGCGACAACGGGUUGUCGACGAGUUCAACACGGACCCCCGACAGUUUGUGUUCCUCAUCUCCACCAAAGCGGGAGGCGUCGGCUUAAACAUCACGUCGGCGAACAAGGUGGUCAUCUUUGACCCGCACUGGAACCCGUCUUACGAUUUGCAGGCCCAGGAUCGUGCUUACCGAAUCGGCCAGAUCCGAGACGUGGAUGUCUUCCGGUUGGUCUCGGCUGGUACCAUCGAAGAGAUCGUCUAUGCUAGGCAGAUCUAUAAACAGCAGCAGGCUAACAUUGGUUACAACGCUUCUAACGAACGUCGCUACUUCAAGGGUGUCCAGAGGGACAAGAACAAGAAGGGCGAGCUCUUUGGGCUGGAGAAUUUGUUCACUUUCCACGCCGACCAGGUCGUGCUCAGGGACAUUGUCAACAAGACCAACAUUGCCGAGGCGAAGGCUGGUGUCAACCUCACCGAUAUCGACCUGGAAAAGGCCGUGAAGGAUGAAGACGAAGAAUUGGACUUCAUCAAGAAGGAGAGCGAGGAUAAUGACGACGACUCGGGCAUGAGCUCGCUUGCGAAGCUCGUCACGGCAGAGGACCCCGACAAACUGCUUGAAGCCGGCAAGUCCAAAAAGCCAAAAAGCGAUGCCAUUGCAGCCAUCCUUGCCUCAGCGGGCGUCGAGUACACCCAUGAAAAUUCCGAGGUCAUCGGCACCAGCAAAGUCGAGGCGCAAUUAUCACGGCGCGCCGAACUGGCAGCAAACGUUGCAGACAGCCAGCUUUUUCCAGGCGUCAAUAACGCUUUGUUCGCAGACAGUACAGACAGCAGCGAUGAUGAUGAAGACGAAGACGAAGAAGACCUAAACGGGCCGGCGGCGCCGAACAAGAAGAUGCUUAGGAUGCAUUACAAAUUCAACCCGCCCGAGAACGCCAGGAGACGGCAGUUUUGUUCAAUGGCGAAAGAGUUCGGCUUUCAGAACGCGACCGACUUUGCGCUGGUAGUGGAAAGCUGGACGCAAGAGCAGCGGCGAAAUUGCUUGGAUACCUUUUACAGGAGGCGAGAGGUCAAGUUACUGGAGCAGGAGUUGGCGAAAAUGGAAGCAAAGAAAGAAACGGAGGAUGAGGAUGAUGAGUCAAGUGAGUCAAAGUCGACAACAGAUGGUGCCGGAGUUGAGUUGGUGACGAGAGGCGAGAUCGCCGAGAAAAGAGCGGUCUCCGGCGCAGCGGAGAGAGGCGAAGGAAAGGACCCACUCCACGGAUCCGGAGCUCUCGGAUACGGGGCUCGGCAGGGAACGAACCCUCGCGCUGGCGCCUCAGCUUAUUCACCCCCGGUGCCGAAGGCUGAGGCUGAGGCUGAGGCUCAGGAACGGCAAACUGACGAUGAUGAGACCGCCACAACCGUUUCUAAUGUGGUUGACUCGGGUGCAUCCGCCGUGGCCGUCAAGACGGAGGAGCAUGAGGAGGAAUCACGGGCGGCGGUUACCAUCGGCGCCGGAACGUCCUCCGACAAGACCACGGCGACAACGGCAGCGGCGGAGCAGAAGAAAAAAGUCACCACAAUUUUCCUGUAUGAUGACGAGGAUGAUGAAGACGACGAACUCUGA